CGUGGAAAUUUUCAUAUGACUGAGUUGGUUUUCUCUGUCCCAGUUUAAUAAAAUGUCGACAGCCACUUUAGAACGUGAGGAUAUAUUGCUACUCUUCGAUGUGGAUGGAACUUUGACAAUGCCCCGGUCGAUAGUGAAACCGGAAUUUGAGGAGUUCUUCUAUACGAAGGUGAAACCACGGGCGACAAUUGGAAUUGUCGGUGGAUCGGAUCUAGAGAAAAUGUUUGAGCAGCUAAAUGGCAAGAAGAUAUUGAAUGAGUUCGAUUUAAUCUUCCCCGAAAAUGGCCUGGUGCAAAUUGACGGUGGCAAGGAAGUGGGCAAACAAAACAUUAUAAAGCAUUUGGGCGAGAAAACUUUGCAGCGAUUUAUCAAUUAUGUGCUACGCUAUCUAUCCGAAGUGGAACUGCCCAUUAAGCGAGGAACGUUCAUCGAGUUUCGCAACGGAAUGAUGAAUGUCUGCCCCAUUGGUCGCCAGUGCACCCGGGAAGAGCGUAACAUGUUCGCCGCCUACGAUGCCGAACAUCAGAUUCGAUCCAAAAUGAUUGCAAAGCUGAAGGAAGAGUUCGCUGAUAUCGAUCUCACUUAUAGUAUUGGUGGACAAAUUAGCUUUGAUGUCUUCCCGCACGGUUGGGACAAAACCUUCUGUCUGCGUUACAUCGAAGCCCAUUACAAGUAUAAAGAGAUUCAUUUCUUUGGCGAUAAAACGGACCCGGGUGGCAAUGAUUAUGAGAUUUAUAGAGAUUCUCGCCUUAAGGGCCAUAAAGUUAAUACCCCCGACGAUACGAUGCGAAUACUUACAGAGCUUUUAAAUCUUUAAUGUCUCGAAAAGUUGACUGACUUUCAUACAUAUGUUUUUAUAAAAUUCCAAUUCAAAUCCAUUGUAUAUUUUGUAAAAAAAUAAAUGUAAAAAUAUGUUGUUUUCAAUACAAUUUUGAUAAUUUCGUCAAU